AUGUUGUUCUCUCUCUCUCUCUCUCUCUCUCUCUCUCUCUCUCGCACUCUAUCUAUCUAUCUAUCUAUCUAUCUAUCUAUCUAUCUAUCUAUCUAUCUGCUCUUUCACAUAUGUCUGUCUUUUCCCAUCACUCUCUUAUUACUACAGUCUGUUCAUAACUAUCUAUCUCUGUCCAAUUAUUUCUUUCUCUCUCUCCCUCUCUCUCUCUCUCUUGCACUAUCUAUCUAUCUAUCUAUCUAUCUAUCUAUCUAUCUAUCUAAAUCUUCUCUUUUUAUUCAUGGUUAUCUAUCUAUCUAUCUAUCUAUCUAUCUAUCUAUCUAUCUAUCUCGCUCCGUUUAUAUGUAUGUGUGUAUGUAUGUAUCUAUCUAUCUAUCUAUCUCGCUCCGUUUAUAUGUAUGUAUGUAUCUAUCUAUCUAUCUAUCUAUCUAUCUAUCUAUCUAUCUAUCUAUCUAUCUCGCUCCGUUUAUAUCUAUCUAUCUAUCUAUCUAUCUAUCUAUCUAUCUAUCUCGCUCCGUUUAUAUCUAUCUAUCUAUCUAUCUAUCUAUCUAUCUCGCCCCGUUUAUAUGUAUGUAUGUAUGUAUGUAUGUAUGUAUCUAUCUAUCUAUCUAUCUCGCUCCGUUUAUAUGUAUCUAUCUAUCUAUCUAUCUAUCUAUCUCGCUCCGUUUAUAUGUAUGUAUAUAUGUAUGUAUGUAUGUAUGUAUCUAUCUAUCUAUCUAUCUAUCUCGCUCCGUUUAUAUGUAUGCAUGUAUGUAUGUAUCUAUCUAUCUAUCUCGCUCCGUUUAUAUGUAUGCAUGUAUGUAUCUAUCUAUCUAUCUAUCUCGCUCCGUUUAUAUGUAUAUAUGUAUGUAUGUAUGUAUGUAUGUAUGUAUGUAUGUAUCUAUCUAUCUAUCUAUCUAUCUCGCUCCGUUUAUAUGUAUGUAUGUAUGUAUCUAUCUAUCUAUCUAUCUAUCUAUCUAUCUAUCUAUCUAUUUCGCUGCCCUUUUUCUUUUCCUCUUCUUUAUUCUUUCUUUCUUUUCUUUUUUCUUUCUUUCUUUCUUUCUUUCUUUUCAUUUUUCUUUCUUUCUUUCUUUUUUCUUUAUUUCUUUCUUUCUUUACUUUUUCUUUCUUUACUUUUUCUUUCUUUCUUUCAUUCUUUUUUCUUUACUUUUCUUUCUUUCUUUUACUUUUCUUUCUUUCUUUACUUUUUCUUUCUUUCUUUCUUUCUUUUUUCUUUACUUUUCUUUCUUUCUUUACCUUUUCUUUCUUUCUUUACUUUUUCUUUCUUUCUUUCUUUUUUCUUUACUUUUCUUUCUUUCUUUACCUUUUCUUUCUUUCUUUACUUUUUCUUUCUUUCUUUCUUUCUUUACUUUUUUCUUUCUUUCUUUUCCUUUUUUUUUCUUUCUUUUCUUUUUUCUUUCUUUUUUUCUUUUUUUCUUUUUCUUUCUUUUUUUCUUUACCUUUUCUUUCUUUCUUUACCUUUCUUUCUUUUUCUUUUUUUCUUUCUUUCUUUCUUUUUUUUACUUUUCUUUCUUUCUUUCCUUUUCUUUUUCUUUCUUUCUUUUUUCUUUCUUUUUUCUUUCUUUCUUUUCUUUCUUUCUUUACUUUUCUUUCUUUCUUUACCUUUUCUUUCUUUCUUUACUUUUUCUUUCUUUCUUUCUUUUUUCUUUACUUUUCUUUCUUUCUUUACCUUUUCUUUACUUUUUCUUUCUUUUAUCUUUUCUUUCUUUCUUUCUUUCUUUACUUUUUCUUUCUUUCUCUUUUCUUUACUUUUCUUUCUUUCUUUACCUUGUCUUUCUUUCUUUACUUUUUUUUCUUUCUUUCUUUCUUUCUUUCUUUUUUCUUUACUUUUCUUUCUUUCUUUACCUUUUCUUUACUUUUUCUUUCUUUUAUCUUUUCUUUCUUUCUUUCUUUCUUUACUUUUUCUUUCUUUCUUUCUUUUUUCUUUACUUUUCUUUCUUUCUUUACCUUUUCUUUUUUUACUUUUUUUCUUUCUUUCUUUUUUUUUUCUUUUUCUUUCUUUCUUUUACCUUUUCUUUUACUUUUUCUUUCUUUUUAUUUUUUUUUUUUCUUUCUUUCUUUACGUUUUCUUUCUUUCUUUAUCUUUUCUUUUUUUACUUUUUCUUUCUUUCUUACUUUCUUUCUUUCUUUCUUUCCUUUUUCUUUCUUUCUUUCUUUCUUUACUUUUCUUUCUUUCUUUACUUUUUCUUUCUUUCUUUCUUUCUUUCUUUACUUUUUCUUUCCUCCAUUUCCUUGAUGUAUAUUUGCUCCUAA